AUGGGCAAAUUCCCCGGCAAGCCAUCAAAAACGUCGACGCGGAAGCGAAUUAAAGUGUCGGAGUGUGUAACGGAACUAGUGAACGAGUCAGUCAGGGCCGCUCAAGUGAUAUAUUAUGGCCUUACUGUGUUUAACGAAACAUUUGGAAACGAGGAGCAGGUUAUUGACUUUCGUGGAUUCACACAUCAACAAGUCAAGGAAGCAGUAGAAAAUGCGAGGAACUUCCAUAAAAGAAGAAAGUCAACUGAUGGUGAAAACAAAGAUACUGCUAAUUUUAUUAAUAAAUUUGAAAGUGAUCUAAAGGAGAUUGGGUUUAGUGCAAAGUGCUGUGAUGGGCAAGGGAAAUCUGAUUCGGAUAGCAUUGUGGUUGAUAGUGAAAAAUGUUUUGAUGGUGGUGGCAAAAGAAAUUCAGUGAUUGCCGUUAGACGUAUGAAACGAAUGAGGAAGUAUGACGGCAGGACGAGGAAUCCACCCUCUGUGAAGAAUGUGAUGGCAAGGAAACUUUUGCGUAGGGCAAAGAAAACAUCUAGUACAACUCCAUUGGCUGUCGAUAAUUGCCAGCAAGAAAAGGGCGCAUCAGGUGCAUCUCGAAAGUUUGUGCUUCCUAGUCACAGCGCUCAUUCUUCUCGUGUGAUAAAACCUAAUAAGAAAUUUAUAGAUAACGACGCUGUUACUUCUGAAACCUCGACUGGUUUAUCUCCUGCAGUAGAUCUUAAGAAAUCUAAGAGUGUGUCUAGUGAGUCUCUGAAUUCGGACAUUCCACAAUCGGUUAAGUGUUUGAGUACAGUGGAAAACAAACAGUCAGAUUCAAGUGAUGUCAAAAAAACCUUGUGCAACCUUCGAACUGCGAAUGUGAGAAGGGAAAGUGCAUCCGGAAAUACUGUAGAUUCCUCAGGCCUUAUAUUGGAAGGAAAGCGCAAGUGGAAACCUUCAUAUAAAUUAGGUCUGCAGUUGAACUGGUACGGUGGUACAGCUGAUGGUGAUGAUACUGGCAGAAGAAGAGUGAAACAAGAUGAUAAAACCGAAAGCUCAGCACGUUGUCCAGAAAAAACCACCUCCCCUUCCUCUACAACAAUCAGUGCCAGUGUAGCCGAUUUUGAAAUUCGAAGUGAUGAAAAACAAAGUAGUACUUUUUCUAGGUCGCCAGGUAAAGUGAUUUUACGGCAGGCACGUCUGAAGCUCAACACACAAUCGUCGUCUGUAAAUGACGGUCCAUUCAGUCAUGGCUAUGGUGCAGGUGGAGCACAUUUACCAGAAACUGUGGAAUGUGGGGUCUGUGGUGCUGUUAGAUUUUAUCGAUUUGUAAAACAGGCCCGCAAAUUUGGAAUAUUCAGUUGUGAGUCAUGUCGAAAGUUCAUUUCUAAGAUGAUCAAGAGACAGUCCUCUCUGAAAGGAAGUGCAUCGCCUUUGGAAUGUCACAAAGGCAAAGGAAUGUGUUCUGUCCCGCCAAUUGUCAGAAGCCAACAGUGGAAAGCUGGUCGUGGUACACUGGUCAGGUGUAACUACAAAGCUCGUUGCCCUGCUUGUUGGUUGAAAAUGUGUCUGAGGUCUUUCAAGAUGCCUGAGGACAUCCGUGGGAGGCUGCAGUCUCUUCUACCACGUGCAAUGCAGGAUAGCUUGGAAACUAUUUCUGGUCAGCUGCUGUUGAAUCCAGAGGAAACUGCAUUACCAAUUGCAGAAAGAAGAAGUGAAUCAGACUACAGCAGCAAAAGACUUAGGAGAAGACUGAAACUGCAACAUAAACAAACAUUGAGACUCCUCAGAAAGGAUGAUAAUGGCAAGCAAAAUGGAAAUACUAAAUUGAACACUUCAGUUACACAUUCGAGAAACAGUAUUAGAGUUUCAAAAUUCCUUAGAAGGGCAGCAAGUGGCUUAAACCAUACGGAAGAUGCAGCUGGUGAUACAAAUCGCAAAGUGAUCACACGCAAGCGAAAGAGAAGGAAGUAUUUGCUGAGGAGAAAGAAGUCAGAAACAACGAAUGAGAAGAUUAGCAGUGAGAAAUCUGCUCCCGAACAACGUCAACGAGUUGAUCUGAAAGGUCCUCGUGUGAAACAUGUUUGCCGAAGUGCUUCUAUUGUUCUGGGGCAACCUCAGGCAACAUUUCCAACAAUUAAGACUAGUGGUCAAUCAAAGAAGCGAGAUGCAGCUAAAGGAUUGGGCGUUCCACCACAUCAUCCUGAGCUACCUGCAACUGAAGAUGAUGGAAGAAAGUCAAAUGAAAUACAGAAGAAUCAGCCAACAGCAAAGUCAGGAGUAGAAGAAUCUGACUCUACAAAAUCAUCCACACAUGGAUCAUCGGGAAUGCAAGAUGAUACUCCUUCAUUACUUUCAUCAUCUUCUUGCAGAAAAGUGACUAGGUUGCAUACCUUGCCUCCUGCUAUGGGGAAGGAUAGGUCACAGGAAUCUUCCCAUCAGAUGACCAUAGACUUUUGGGAGAGCUAUGACCCAGAUGAGGUUUGCAAUACAGGAUUUGCUUUAAUUGCGUCUGAACCAUUCCCAGUACGAGCAGUUUGUUUUCUUUGUGGAAGUGCUGGUCAAGAACAACUUAUCCACUGUGCCUCAUGUUGCGAGCCAUACCACAGAUUCUGCCUGGAAGACGGCCUUCGUGAUCCAAACAUAAAAGCGUUUGGCGGCACCUCACUGUCAAACUGGGUGUGUCAACGCUGCACGGUGUGUUCAGUGUGUGGUAAUGGGCAAGGACAGCAGCUCAGCUGUCAGCGUUGCCAUCGCACUUACCAUACAGAUUGCCUGAGUGGUCGACGACUCCACAGUGCCGAUAGACCAUGGGUUUGUUCAACAUGUCUCCGAUGCAAGAGCUGUGGUACUGAAAAUGUGACUAAUUUUGUGGGUAACAUUCCACUCUGUAAAGCAUGCUUUAAACUGCGACAGAAAGGGAACUAUUGCCCUUUGUGCCAGCGUUGUUAUGAAGACCAUGAUUAUGAUACCAAGAUGAUGGAGUGCGUGAAAUGCAAUUGCUGGGUCCAUUCAAGAUGUGAAGGACUUUCAGAUGAAAAAUAUCAUAUACUCAGCUACCUUCCAGAUACUGUAGAAUUUAUUUGCAGGAAGUGUUGUGAGAAGCCUCCUGCUCCAUGGUGGUAUGCUGUUGAAGAAGAGAUGAAAGCAGGAUACCUAACUGUGCUGAAGUUACUGAGCAAAAAUCGUAAAGCUUAUUCGAUGCUCAGAUGCAGUCCAAAGAAACACUGUGAAUAUCAUCCCAAUUUAAUAGAUGAUGAUAACAUAAAUACACAUUCGGAUCCCACUGCCAUUGGAAAUAUGUGCUUGGGUGAAAAGACUGACUCAAAUUGUGAAGACAACACAUUUCUCAGUAUUACAGAUCUGCAUGUUGAGAAUGUAGAAUAUAGUGUGGAAGUAAAAACGACGUAUGAAGUUGAUGAUGACAACAAUGAAUUUUUGCCAGAUUCAAAACGUGACAAUAUCUGUGCCAGAGAUCAGAGAUUGUCAAAUCGUGAAUAUAAUUUGCAUAAUAGCUGUUCAGAUGAAAAAUGUUUUCCUCACUCCCAAGGGCAAACUGUUGUACCAUACCUGUCAGAAAACUCUCUUAGACUUUGGCGAGAGAAAUAUAACUUAAAAGAAUGUUCUGUUCGCGUAAAGGACUGUGUUUCCAAGGACUUGCAAAACUCACUUUUCCCAGUUAAAGUUGAUGUUCAGUGUACAGAAUUACCUGAUACCUCUGCCUUCGAUACUACUAAAUCGCCUUCCAAAGUGCAUCAGGUUUCACUUGCGACACCUACAAGUGAUUCUGGCAUUAGCAGCACUGAUGAAGAAUUGAAAAUUUGUGGGGGAAAUGAUGCAGAGGAGCUGAAGGAACAUGCAUUAUCAUGUUUGGGUUUUGUAGCUUCCAGCCGUUUGCUGUCAUUAGAACAGUGUAGCAGCAGCAGGAGCUUUGAAAAUUUUACUGAGGCCAGUUCCAAGAAAUUGUGCAAUGAUGAUAUACCAAAGGAUGAGUUUCUUGAAUGCAACUGUUUGGAAAAUUUGAAACACAAGUCAUCCUUAACAUUUCUGUCUGUAAAAAAUAAAGUUAAUUCCAGUGAGUACACAUCAGUUCUGCAGUUUCAUCAGGAAAUGGAAGACAUCCUAAAUAAAUCUCACUGCUCUGAUUUACUUCAGCUAUAUUAUCACAAUAUGCAGGAAGUUUUCCCAUGGUUUAAUCCUAAAUUUGCACGUGUUUCAAAUAAUCCUGUUUGUGAACGUAACUCACAACCAAGUAAGAGGAGAAGAAUCAUUUCAGAAAAAUCUAGCAGUGAUGAUCAUAAUAGUUCAAUGGAAGUGUCAAUAUUGGAUGAUUCUUUUCAUGCUGUUCCUGAUAAAAUGUUAGGGAAAUCCUUAGAUGAUUUCUACAGCGGGUAUUCUGUCCAGGAUAAUAGAGUUUGUGUCCUUUGUAAAGGUGUUGGUGAUGGGUUGCCCGCUGAAGAAGGCAGACUUUUGUACUGUGGACAGAAUGAAUGGGCACACACAAACUGUGCUCUGUGGUCAGCAGAAGUGUUUGAGGAAAUAGAUGGAUCACUACAGAAUGUUCACAGUGCAAUGUCUCGAGGCCGUCAGAUACGAUGUGAUCAUUGUGGAAAAAGAGGUGCAAGUGUAGGAUGUUGCACACGAAAUUGUCCAGAAACCUUCCAUUUCCCCUGUGCGAGGAAAGUGAAUUGCACUUUUAUGGAUGACAAAAAUGUUUUCUGCCCAUCCCAUGCAAAAGGUGCCACUGGUAAAGUUCUGCACAAUGAAUCAGAUUUUGAAAUAUGCCGCCCAAUUUAUGUGGAACUAGACCGUAAAAAGAAGAAGUUUGCUGAACCUAAAAAGGUUAGGUUAAUGAUUGGUUCACUUUCAGUUGAAAAUAUAGGAGAAUUUGUUAGUGAAGUUUCUGAUACUCCAGAGGCUAUUAUACCAAAUGGGUUUUCGUGUACAAGAUUAUUUUGGUCUUCGAUAGAACCGUGGAGAAUAGUUCGAUAUCACAUUAAAACUGUGCUAUGUAAUAAAAAUGUACCUCAGUCUCCUGACUGUGGAAAAAACAUGACAGUAGAUCAUAGUCAAGAAAGGCAUGUAGUCGAGGAAAAACUUAAUGAAAUUUCCAAAUGGAGACAUGAAAUUAAAACAAAUGACACAAAGAAUCUGAAAGAUAACUCAAAAUUAUCUUCUAAAAUUAACCAGAAGAAAUUUUCCAAAUUUAAAAGACGAAUUCCGUACCGCAAGUAUCAGAAUAAGCGAAAGUGUCAUUCACUUGAUGAUAAAAUUGUUUAUCAGGUUGUCAAUUACAUGUUAGACAUUGUGAGCAGUAAAGAUGUUGAUGAGAAUUCACUUCAUGACUCACAAAAUGCAGCUGAUCUUUUGCCUCCUGAACUAAAAGAAGCUAUUUUUGAAGAUCUGCCUCACGACCUUAUAGAUGGCAUUUCAAUGCAGGAUAUAUUACCGAAGCUGAUGGUAUAUGAAGAAAUGGGGGCUAUGGAGAAAAGUGAUGGAUUUUAUGGGAAUGAUCCAUCAGUGACAGAAAAAGAAAUUAGUAGUACAGAUGAGGCUAACACCAAAAAACCUGGUUUUCUAGAAGUGAGUGUGCAAGAUCAAGAUGAUUUGUGCCACAGGAGCACUCUUUCAAAGCAAAAGUCUGCAGAGAAUGCCGGUUUGAGUAAAAAUAAAGUAAAACGAACCAAGAGAAUGAAACUGAGAAGAACAAAGCACAAUAAUGUUGUCGACAUUACAUCUGAUGAACCUCCUAAGAGACGGAAACGAGCGUGUAGUACGACAUGGAAUUGUAAACCUGAUGGAAACUACUCUUCGGCAUACAAAAGACGGAAAUUAUCUCACACCGUUGGAAGGAGUGUGUGUGAAAAUCCUUUUGUUGUUAUUGUUGAUUCAGAUGCAUCACAUACUUUGCAGGAAUUGCGCUUGCCAGAAUGUGGUCACGUAACACUUUCAAGAUCACCGCCGUCGGGUGUUUCAUCUACUGCAACUGAGUCACCCGCAGAACUCAAGUGCGGAGUCGAUGAGGAGUCGCCGUCGGACAGCAGUAAGGGGAAAGUCACACUCACAAAGGAAGAAGGGAAGGAAAACAAAUUCCUACCUUGGAACGGCCGCCCACAAACAAGAUUCCUCCAGUUAGAUGGUACUGUCGAUCCCUUGAGUAGCAGUGGCAGUGAAGGUGGUCGAUCUCCUCGUUCUGAUGAUGAAAAGCUGUCAGACUGUGCUUACGAAGCAAGUUCCUCAUCAUUGAGAAGUUGUGGCCAAUGUCAACGUUGCAGUUCAGAUUUUAAUUCUGGAGGUAAUUUUGGAGCUGUUUGUAACUGUAGCUCUAGCUCGAGCCAGGCGCACGGAAAGAGUUGGUACAAGACAUAUGAUACUGAAGAAGAGCCAGUGCGCUGCACUCAGUGUCGCUGUACCUACAGGACAAAGAAAAGUUUUGAGCGCCAUUUGUCAACAUGCUGCAACGAUUUUAUGCUUUCGACAAGUGAAAGUGAUUCAGAAAAUACACGCUCUAGUGAGGAAGAAUGCACCAAAAAGCAGCAGUUUGAUACAACUGAAUCUUGUUGUAAUGUAGGUGAAAGUGUUCUGGGAGAGACUGAUGCCACAGAUUUGUCUAUGCGGAGUGAAAGUGUUGAGUGCUCUGCUACACCUCCUCAGAACUCACCUGUACUUGAAAGACUGAAAUUGAAGUCAUCCUCGAAGUUUGAAGUUGAGAGUAAUGUGGUCGACGGGGUGAAUACCCAUACGUCGAUUGUAGAUACCGAUCCGCAUUAUCAACAGCAUCUGUGUCAGGGUAACAGCUAUGUCCAGGUUCAGUCUAGUCAGCAUUCUAAUGCACCAGCAGUAAUAAUGCAGCAGGUACCAUCUCCAAGCGUUGUUCCUACAUUUAUUGAAGCUUUCCAGCAACAAACAGGACAGAACUUACAGCUGGUUGCAACUAUUGAUACACAUACGAAUGGGUAUAACAAACAACAGUUUGUCAGUGCAAAUCCUUUAGUCUCAGGAAAUUACCCUGUUCAGGCACCAGAAAGUUUUGUGAGGCUUCCCUUGAUGCCAAAUAUCCCGUCACCAGCUCCCCAUUCUGCAUUUCUUGGGACAGUACUUCCUCCCACACAGCAAAAUGCGGUUCAUUGUGUCUCGGCAGAGCAGACAAUGAUUGGUUGUACGCCAUCUGUGGACAUGUAUGGGACACAGCCAGGAGGAAUGUAUUUAGCUGGACAGCCUAUGUAUAUUUCAAAUUAUGAGACAGUAGUCAGUAAUACAGUUAUGUCUUCGAGCCAACUUGUCUCUGCUGCUCUACCUGGUGUGGUUGCUGCGAGUAGCAGUUUUUCAGCAACUACGACACAAGUGUUUCAGGCUAGCAAAUUAGGAUCUGUAAUUGAAUUAACAUUAGAACCUGUUGUGGAAGUCCAGCCAAGUUACCUUAUUAUUAACCAACAAACUCCUAUUUCUAGUUCUCCUGUUAGAAAUACAGAGUACGUAAACUGCCCACCUUCGACUGUCAGCAUGCAAGUGCCUUCGUAUGAUCACUCUUUCUUGCCAGUUCAACAAGUGUGCACAGAAGAUCAAGCUGUUCAAUACCCUGAAUCAUCUAGCACGUGUACAUCAGUUACGUUAAAGACAGUUAUGAGAAGCGAGAAUCGCAGGCGAACAAUCCCUGAAAUGACAAAGAUUGUGACACCCAGAUGUGCGAGCACCAGUGUUGAUGUGGCCCCCGAAAUGUCUAGUGUUGUGACUCCUAGGUGUGUAAACAGUGGUGGGCAUACGUGUUUUGAAAUGUCAAAGGUCAUGACACCCAGAUGUGUGAGCAAUAAUGGUAGCCCGAUUUCUGAAUUUCCAAAGAUCAUGACACCUAAAUGUGUGAGCACUGGUGUGAACACAUCCUUUGAUAUGUCAAACGAUACAAAACCUGAAUUUCCAAAGAUCAUGACACCGAGAUGUGCUAGCACAAAACCUGAAUUUCCAAAGAUCAUGACACCAAGAUGUGUGAGCAGUAGUGUUAGCACAGAUCAUGAAUUUCCAAAGAUCAUGACACCUAGACGUGUGAGCAAUAGUGUUAGCACAGAUCAUGAAUUUCCAAAGAUCAUGACACCUAGACGUGUGACCAGUAGUGUUAGCACAGAUCAUGAAUUUCCAAAGAUCAUGACACCUAGACGUGUGACCAGUAGUGUUAGCACUGAUCAUGAAUUUCCAAAGAUCAUGGCACCUAGAUGUGUGGGCAGUAGUGUUAGCAUAAAUCCUGAAUUUCCAAAGAUCAUAACACCUAAAUGUGUGAGCACUGGUGUGAACACAUCCUUUGAUAUGUCAAACGAUACAAAACCUGAAUUUCCAAAGAUCAUGACACCGAGAUGUGCUAGCACAAAACCUGAAUUUCCAAAGAUCAUGACACCAAGAUGUGUUAGCACAAAUUCUGAAUUUCCAAAGAUCAUUACACCUAGACGUGUGAGCAACUUUGUUAACGCCGAUUCUGAAUUUCCGAAGAUCAUGACGCCCAGACGUGUGAGCAACUUUGUUAACGCCGAUUCUGAAUUUCCGAAGAUCAUGACGCCCAGACGUGUGAGCAACUUUGUUAACGCCGAUUCUGAAUUUCCGAAGAUCAUGACGCCCAGACGUGUGAGCAACUUUGUUAAAGCCGAUUCUGAAUUUCCGAAGAUCAUGACGCCCAGACGUGUGAGCAACUUUGUUAACGCCGAUUCUGAAUUUCCGAAGAUCAUGACGCCCAGACGUGUGAGCAACUUUGUUAACGCCGAUUCUGAAUUUCCGAAGAUAAUGACACCCAGGCGCGUAAGCACUGGUGUCAACACGCCCUAUGAUAAAACAAAGAUCAUGAAUCCUAGACUUGGUGCCCACACACGUUUUGAAAUGGCAAGAAUUAUAACACCUAGAUGUGUUACCAGUGGUGGUAACACGAGUCCUCCUGCGUCACCUGUCAGAAAUGCUUGUGACAAAUGUUCAGGCAAGUCACAGUCUGACCGUGAGGACUGCCUUAUCCAAGCAGAGCAGCAGCUGUCUGAAAACAGUGGACAUCAGAUAUUCUGCACAUGUCUGCAAUCUAAUACCACUAUCCUUACAAAGCGUGCAGAAUCAGUGUCAACAAGAAAGAAAAACCAAAUUUGCUGUUCAUGUGUGUAUUGCUAUGCAUUUGAUGUUUGCUGUGCAUGUAAGAAGCGCUGUGAGGCAGCAAUAGGAGGACAAGUGCUGACGCAUGUAGUAACGGAAGACGGAGCUCUCAGUUUUAAUCAAAAAUCUUCGGAUAUUCCAGCACAUCUGACAAAUAAUCCUAGCGAAUUGUGGGUAAUCAAUAGAGAACCGGACCACACUCUAGAAGUUAGCACAGAAUAUAAUGAACCAAAAUGUAUUGCUAAUUUGCCAAAUCGAGCAAUUAGCUAUAACCACAAUCCUUCCUCUAAAGAGCAACUUUGCAAUAAUGAUACGUCCACGUUCAAUACGUCAGCUCCUACAGUCAUCAGUAGACGCCCUGGACACAAAGUAACAGAAUCUCCCUGCAAGAGGGAAACACUGUCACAUGGAAAAUACAAAAGAUUGGCUACUAGACAAACCAGUCCAGUUAAUGAUAAUUCAGUUGAAGAGCCAGAUAAAGAAGGGAACGGCAGGUCAGUGUUACACAUUACUGACGCAAUCCCACCCUCUAAAACAGCUGUAAACAGACAUAAUAAUAUCAAAGUUAAAGCUAGUAAUUUAUCUGACAAAUUAUCUUCAUCAAAACCUAUUUUGCAAAAGCAGGGAAAGUUCAGUACAUCUCUAACAAAUGACGAAAGCCGUAUUUUGAAGCUGCAGAAUGUUAAGUUUGUUGAUGACAUGGAAAGCGAUACGUUUGCAGAAGCUGUACUUGUGAACAGAGACGAGGAGGAGGAUGUAGAGUGUACCUCUGGAAUCAGCUUGGACCGUUCUCCGAAAAGAAAGCCUUCAUCAGAAUGUAACACUUCUGUCAGCAGCCCACAAUAUGAUGAACAGAAUGUGGCACGACUGCACACUCAGACAAAUUGUCCAGAAGAGAGGAAAUCCUUUUUCACAUGCAACACUGUUCCACAAGUAAAUGCUGAUGUGUCUGUAUAUAGCAGUGACACUGAAAAAGAAAGAGCAGCAUCUCCAUUGCCAAAAGAUGACUGUGAUGGCAGUAGCUGUGGCGGUGGUGGUGGCGGCGACGGCGGCGGCGGCGGCGGCGGCGGCGGCAGAAGUGCUACCAAUAACAGGGGCAACUACAUGGAUGUCAGUGAUGAAGAUAAUGCUGGUGAUGCUUAUAGCAGAUUUGGAACUCACAGUGAUUGUAAUACUGGUGGCAGUAUUGAGAAAGACAGUAGGCCAGAUAUACGUGAUUUGACUACUGAAAAGAAUGUCGAUGACAGUGGUACCAAUGGUUACAAUGAUGAAGAGGAUGACGAUACCGAAUGUUGUGAAGAUGACGACGAGGAGGAAGAGGAAGAAAAUGGUGACAAUGGUUGUGACGAAGGUGACGAGGAUGAGAAUGAAGACGAUAGUGGUGACGAGGAUGAUAAUGGUGGUGAUGACAGUAUGGACACGUCACCAGUAUACUGUAAUGGAGAAAAUUCUGAAGAAAAAUCAUCUUAUAUUAUGUAUGAAAUCUGUUCUCAAGAUGGUUUUUGUUGCACUUCAAAAUCGUUUAGUGAGGCAUGGCAGAAAGUGUUUGAUGCUGUUCAGAAUGCUCGAAUUGUGAACAAAAUGCCACCACUACCACAGAAUCCAUUUAGUUUGACGCAGAAAAGUUUACAGAUUCUCGGCUUGAAGCAUAAUGCUGUUAGAUAUCUCGUUGAACAAUUACCAGGAGUUGGUCGAUGUGUGAAAUACAAACCUCGUUACCACAAACAACGGACAUCACGACCAGAGGAUGACUUGGACACUUUGCCACCUCCUAAUAAAAGUGGAUGCAUUAGGACUGAACCUUUUAAAUCUCGAGGACCUUAUGACAUGUUUAGUUGGCUGGCCUCCAGCCACAGGAACCCUCCGAAAUUUGUUCAACAAAAUGACAGCGAGUUAAUGAGUAACAGGCGUGCAACGAGCUCCAACCUGCCAAUGGCUAUGCGUUUCCGGCAUUUGAAAGGAACAAACCCAAACAAAGCUGUUGGUGUUUACCAGUCCCAUAUUCAUGGAAGAGGACUGUUUUGUCUUAGAGAUAUUGAAUCUGGUGAGAUGGUUAUAGAGUAUGCAGGUGAAGUCAUUCGUUCAACUCUUACAGACAAGAGGGAGAAAUUGUAUGAAUCGAAAGGCAUCGGUUGCUACAUGUUUAGAAUUGAUGAUCAGUUAGUGGUGGAUGCUACUAUGCGUGGCAAUGCAGCGAGGUUCAUCAAUCAUUCCUGUGAUCCCAACUGCUAUUCUCGGGUGGUGGACAUACUGGGGAAGAAACAUAUUUUAAUAUUUGCACUUCGUAGGAUUCCACAAGGAGAAGAACUGACAUAUGAUUACAAAUUUCCUUUUGAGGAUGUAAAAAUACCAUGUACCUGUGGUUCACGAAAGUGCCGCAAAUAUCUAAACUGAAAUUCUCGUUUUGUGUAUAUGUAGAUAUGUGUGUGUGUGUGUGUGUGUGUGUGUGUGUGUGUGUGUGUGUGUGUUUUUGCUCUCGCGCUCACCCGUGCAUCAAUAUGAGCGUGUGGCUUGAAGACGAGAACAAAUCUCAUAACAAUUUUUCAUGUGCAAGGUGUUUGUAAAAGUGGUGACCAAAUAUACUCUUGUGAUAAAAAUUAUUGUAAAAGUGUAGUUCUUAAAGUAUUCUAUUUUAAAAUAUGAACUUUCAAGUGUGUUGUUGGAGGAAAUUUUUGGAAUAUUUUUGAGCUGUGAAAUGUGAUAGAUAUCCAAUGUGACAUUCAUUUUCAAUUCUUUGUUUAAUUUUCCUGCGUUUUUUUUUUUUAAGUAACUGUAUUCUGAUAUAUAAUUUUGUAUGUUCUGUGUUAAUUGAAAUGGUGUAAUUUCAUCAGUGUGUGAUACUUGUGUAGGUCUGAGUUCCAGUACAUGUGGGUAUGAACAUAAGUUUUAUUGCCCAGGCUGAAAACUUCGCAUGAACAGGGCAAAUUAUGGCAGACCUCUCCAUAUUUUUAUUUUGCUAAUGCAUUUUCCUGUUAGUCUGUGAGUCAUCAUAUGUGAUUAAAUAAAAGAAGGGACACUGAAAAUUGCUUUUGUGGCAAAUUGAGGAAUUAACCAAUUUUCAUGUGACUGGUGACAGAGUAAUUUUGAACUAAGUAGUCUUGAUAUGGUACCAAAGAUUUCAUGUUGUCUUCAGUCCUGCUCUUAGUAAUAUGUUAUGGUGAUAAUUGUACAUUCAGCCAGGAUGCAUAUUACUGUAAUUGUAUAUGUGUGAGUCAUGUAAACAGCAAAAUUUGUUUUCUAAAUAAUUCUAAGUUUUGACUGCUUUGUUUUUAAAACAACUGUUUAAUUUUGAGAGACUCAAGCCUUUCUGGCAAUGGCUGGGUGGCUACAUGAGGGCUAAUAGCAUAUUUGAAAUAAUUGUCUGUGUUGGAAUUUGACAAAAAAAUUCAUUGUAGACACUGUGUCUCCCCUCUUUGCAAUGUGCCUAAAUGGAAAGUGAGCCAUGAGUAUUAGUCAUAAAUAGUAAUUUAAACUGUGAGUUACUGACACAUCAGUAUUUUGAGGAACAGGAUCUGCAGCAGUUGCAUAUUAAUGUAUGUUGACUUCACUAUAAUUUUAUCUGAAUGUAUUGCCAUCUUUACUCAUAUUUUUAAUUAAUGGGACAUCUUGACUGAUUGUAGAUGAAAAAUGCUAAUGCAGCUUGUGUGAUUUAUUUCAUAGUAAGUUAUUAAUUUUAAGUACAUGUGCUGUAUCUGUAACUGGCUGAACAGCUGCCUUAAAACCAUUUAUCAGACACUAAAUAAAUUCUUAAAUUCUGUGCUGUGAUAUUCCGCAGUCCUUUACAUAUGGUAAUGAUUGUGUAGCUUUAGUUUACCUUAAAAAUAGGAAAGACAUACACCUUCUUGAUAUUAUGUUGCGUCUGCUUUGGCAGAAGUGGUACCAUAGCGGGAGAAUAGCAUGCUAACUCUAAUGUGAGAGCAACUACCAGUCCAUUUUGCAAAUGUGACUGGUGCCUGUAAUCACUUAGAAUGAUAUCCCUGCACUGGUUGUGUGUUGGAUGCCUGUAUCUGGGAAGCAUGACUGCAUCUUGCUUUGAGAUACCUGAAUUGUGGAAUGUGGGUGACAUUUGGAUUCUCGUGAAAUUAAAGCUUGCAUAACACAUGGCUUUUGUAACACUACACAUUGCAUUCGCAGUAUUGUAUAUAACAGCUGACAGAAAAGUUUAAGUGUGUUUAUUGUCAGUGUUACUUAAAUACAUCUACUUGAUUUCGAUGUCACAGGACCAGCUAACUAUAAAUAGAUACUGAAAUAGAAUGGAAUGUUCUGGUAAGCAUUGAAAAAUGUCCCCAUUUCUUGUAUCAUUGCAGAACAGUAAACACCCCAGCAGCUUCACGUUCAAUCUUUCGUGUUCAGGUGAUAAAGAAGUAUAUGAAGUAUUUGAGCUCAAUGUUAGUAAUUCACAAGUGUACUAUAUGCAACAGAUGAGAGAGAGAGAGAGAGAGAGAGAGAGAGAGAGAGAGAGAGUGUGUGUGUGUGUGUGUGUGUGUGUGUGUGUACAUUUAGUGACUGUAAGAAUGCUUAAGGGAAUGUCAGCAACGUGAGGAUUUUUUUAUACAUAAAUUAAUCACGAAGUUGCAGCAUGUUGACUUUAUUGGGUAAAUCCUCCAUAAAAGCUUCACUAGUCUAUUGGUGGAAGCAACCAUGCCCUGAAGUGAAGUUGUUUAUGGUCAUAAUAUUUUAACUUUGCCAAAAGUAUUGAUUAAUACACUGGUUGUGUAAAUUUUAGUGUGUCUUAGAUUAUUUUCACUUGAGUUAUGAAAAAAUGAUACAAAGCAGUUUGUUCAAAAUGGAAUACAUGAAUGAAAGAGUUGCAUCUAUACUGGUAGGGCAUGAAAUUGCUGAAUCUAGAGACCUGCUGACUGUACCAAUCACUGAAAGGGAUAUGAACUAAACAAAUUUGUUCCCCUUUCUUAUGGCACACUGUCCAGACUUACUUAUUUACAUAAUUGAAAGUAAAUUCCUGUAAUGAGUCUUCUUAUUGACAUUUACUGCAUGGAGCAUGGAUAUAUAAAACAAUUACACAUAAGACUACAUACAGCCUUACCCAUUCAGGUAAUCUAAGUUCCAUUUGUGGUAUGUAAUGGAAUGCUGUAAUAUGGGAUAUGGUUUAUCCACUAAAUUAGCUAUAAAUAGGAAGUGAAUAUUUGAAAGAUGGGAAUGUAGGUUAUUGGCAAUUUUACAUUUUCUAGAAAAAAGGUAUGUGUGUGUGUGUG